AUGAGUAGUAAGGCAGAUAUUUAAUAACAAAAAUCAUUUAUUUCUCAAAACACAAAGAAAUUGGAUGAUUUAUCUUUUGGCAUUCAACCUCGCACAUACUAGGAUGAUGAAUUUUUAUAAUAAACAAAAUUUAACUUAGAUGAGGUAAAAACAAUCAGAAAAACAUACAUAAAACAUGCAUACAAAGAGGAUUUAAUGAAUAGAAAAAUUUUUAGAAGCUCAUUGGGAAUACUUGGCAUGGAUAAUGCUUGUUUUUUGGCUGAUAGAAUAUUUGAUUUAAUUGAUAGUGACAAAAAUGAGUGGAUUAGUUUUAUGGAUUUCCUGAAAUACUUAGAUGUCAUUAUGAAUAGGGAUGACAUUAAAAAAGCAUAGAUGAGUUUUUAGUUUAUUGAUCGUGAAAAUAAGGGCAGAAUUCUUUAUGAGGAUAUUCAGUACCUAAUACAAAAAGUAGCUCUUUUUUGGAAAGAAUUAACAGGAUAGAUAGUUGUACCUUAGCGCUAACACAUAGAUGAAAUAUUUAGGGCUUUGGAUCCAAAGAAUACUGGAGAAGUGCGUCUAAGUGAUUUUUAAAAGAUGUAUUACAACCAGGAUUGUUACUUUUAGUGGUUUGAAUUCUUUAAUCAAGAUGAGUUAACAGAAAAUAAAAUUGCAAAAAUUGAAAACGAAGAGAUAGUAAAAUAGAAAGAUUAGCUCUUGAAGCUUCAAAUAGAGGCAAAUCUUAAAAAUAUAGAAUAAGAAAUAGUUUAGUUGACUGUCCAGCUUAAUAAAGUAUCAAGUAAAUUUAAGGAACUUUUAUAGAAAGAGCAUAAGAAUACAGUUACUAAAUUAAAAUAGAAGUAAGUUCCUCUUAUCAAACUAUAACAAGUUUAGUAAAAGUAACAAUCGAACUAAUCAACUUCAAGAUAAGUUUAGUAGUAACAACAAUAAUAAAAUGCUAACUAUAUCUAACUUAAUAAGUCCAGUAAUUAGAUAGAUUUAGGUUCUGCAACAAGGAGAUAGAAGAUUGAUCAAAGUUAAGAUUAAUACUAAUCAAAUAAUUUACAAGAAAAAAAGAAAGAUUUAAAUAAUCUUGAGAAGAAUAAAAAAAAUGUUUUUGAACACGUAGUAAAUUAAGGAUAAACUUUUAACUAAAGUAAGCGGUCAAGCAAUAUCUAAACUCAAUCCUCUCCAUAAGAAAAGAGAAAUUCAAUAUAAAAAAACGGAGAAAAUACAGUGGAAUUCUAAAGCAAUUCAUCAACUUCUUCAAUAUUAAUAAAUAGUAAAAAAUUUAAUUAAAACUAGCAACAAAUUAAUGAUGUGAAUUUACUUAAAAAGUUUCAUCCGUCUAUUGACUUUUCAACAUCGUCAACAAUGACCUUGAACUUACUUGCCAAUAUGAAAUUACAGUAGCCUCAUUCUAAUGGGAGAAUUUCUAUUUUUAACUAAAACAAUGUCUCACUCGAUUAGAUUAAGGCAAAACAAAGCGUCGUUUAACCAGUACAUAAUAAUCUAGAAUAAAGCAAUAUCAAAAAUAGCUCUAAUUUACCAAGUUAUAGGAAUUAAAAUAUCAUCACUAAUUAAUCUGUUACACAAAAUUAUUCCUAAAGAAAUAGUGGUGCUAUUUUUGAUUAAUCAGCUUAUUAUGAAUUAAAUAAUUUUAAGGCUGCAUAAAAACAAAAAUAAGAGCAAUCUAAUUCUUGCUCUUUUUCAAUUCUUUCUUGCGGUGGGUUAAAAGAUGUGGCAGAAACGAAAAGUUUAGAAGCUGUUGUUGAGUAAAAGACUAACAGAGACGAAUCUUCCACCACAAGAACUAGGAGAAAGCACAAGAUUUUUGAUUAAAUCGCACCUCAAAGAAGCUAAGAACUAGCUCUUAACUUUCUAAGCUUUAAUGAUCAACAAGGCUAACAAUAACUUAGGCAAGUUAACAAUAAAGAAAAAAUAUUUAAUACUUCUGCUGUAAUCGUCAGCAAUAACUCUAAUAUCACAAAAGAAGAGGCAUAAAACAAUAAAGUCUUCAAUAAUUAAUUUCAAAAUUAAACCUAAAAUAAUAAAAUUGUGAAUAAUUAAAAUUAAACUCAAAAUUUUGAUAAAUCUAUAAAUAAUUCGUUUUUAAAUUAACAAACUCCCUCAAAUAAUAACAAUAAAUAAUUAGAAAAUCAGCAAUAAAAUAUUAAAAUUAAUUUAAAUUCUGCUGUUCCUCAACAUAACUAAAACUUAAAUAAAUAAGAUAACUAUGCCAAAAUUUACCAAAAUUCCUAAAAAGAAUUAAAUGAUAUAACUGAAGACUUAAAUAAUUAAAUCCCUAUAUUUAAUGGACCACUCAAAAUCGAGCUACCAACUGAUUAGAAUUUAGGAGAUACAGAUCCUUUAAGCGAAGAUGAAACUGACUACAGAAACAAUAGGCCAUUCUAGGAAGCAAAAUUUCAAGUACUUGAGCACUAAAAUAGCAUUAUAAGCAACAAUUCACCUAAAAGAGAUGCGAAUAUAUUUGACACAAAACAGUCUCCUAUAUCUGGUAUAAGCAGCUAAAGCGAUGUAAUAUAAAAUUUAAUUAAAAGAAAUAACUAAACAAAUAGCAGUCUCUAAUCUCCUUAUUUAAGAAACCCUAAAUUAUAUCUCGAAAAUAGCUAUUCAGAAUUUAACAGCUAGCCUGAAAACCUGAAGCAACCGUUAAAUGACUAUUCAUAGUAUUCGGAGGCUUACCUAGAUCAAGAAAGCGAAUUUAAAUCGAACAUAGAAAAUAACUUAUAAAAUAUGUCAGCUGUUGAGUAUAUUGCAGAAGAAUACAAAAAAAUAGAAAAGCAAAUACAAGGAUAUAUUGAAUUAAUAGCUGAUUAUCAAAAAUAGUUAGCUGAAUUAGAGGAAAAAAUGAAUACAAAUAAAAUUGUAAAGUAUGUCAAUAAGAAUGGCAAUAAAAAAAUAUAAGAAUUAAGUUAAUCUGCGAUAAGAGAAGAGUCCUUUUAGAAUUCAUUAGAGUCAUACUAAUUUAUUUAAAAUUAAAAAGAUAAACCUCAAACUAAAUAUAAUUAACUUAAUUCUAUUACGAAUUUUUUAUAACCAGAAUCUAAAGUGCAGAAUAACAAUCACAAUUUAGUUCCUCAUCCUGUAAGAUUCAGUACUUGCAUACCACAAAUUUCUAACUUUACUUCCAAUGCUGGAUUGGUAAGACAUAAAAGUAUUGCUAUUGAAAAUUCUUUUGAGAGCAUUAACUAAAAUAAUUUAAGAAAGAGUACCAUUAAAAAUAUGCCAGCAGUUUUAAGCGAUAAACAAAAAAAGUAAAAUCUAGAUAGAAAAAGAAAUCUUUAGCUCUAUAUUGGACAUUAAAACUGGAAUUUAGUCUUAGAAAUGAUGCUUGUUAUAAGAAGUGCUAUUAAAUCAUUAAAAUAAAUUAAUCAUCCUGCCUUCUAGAACCACGGAUAGCAAGGCACUAACAACUCCAGUAUGUUCACAGAAGGUAAUUAAAAUGUUAGCUAAUUAAAUGGAAAUACUGCUCUUUAAAAUUAGAGCAGCUAUUAUUAAAAUAAUUAGAUUAACUUGUUUCAUUAGAAUUCGCAGUAUAUUCCUCUAAAUUAAUAAAAAAGCAAUAAUAUUAAUAACAAUAAUCUUUAAGUUCUUCCUCUCCAGUCUACAUUCUCCUACCUUGAAAAUUAAAGCUCUGUGUUCCCAGACAAAAAAACAUUUUCGAAUUUCCCCAACUUAUCAGCAAUUUAUGGGAAUUCUAUGGCUGCAGUAAAUUUAAAUUUAGAACUAAAGCCCAAAGAUUUUAUGACAAACAAUUAGUAAUUGCUUUUUAAUACUAUCUCAAAUAAUAAUUAUUAAUUUGCUAAUUUGGAAUAUAUUGAUUAUUGUCCUCUUGUUUUUGAGAGUAUUAGAAGGUCCUCGAAUAUCUCCCAUGAAAAAUUUCUUCGCUCUUUAGGACCUGAAAACCUAAUUGGCAAUUUGAUUAUGGGGAGAAUGUCAUAAAUUUCAGAGCUCUGCAGGUCUUCGAAUAAGCCUUAUAAAAAAUUUUAGUAUUACAGUGAAUGUGGUUCUUUUAUAGUAAAAAUUAUUCAAGAAUAAAGUGCUAAAAACUUUUUAAAAGUACUACCACAGUACCACCAGUAUAUCACAUCUUAACCAAAUUCUCUCUUGAUGCGUAUUUAUGGAUUAUACAAGCUGUAAACAAGAAAAGAUAAUACAAGCAACAAAAGGAAUUCUAGUAGCUUUGCUGAUUAACAAAAUGUAAAAAAUUAGAAGUAAGAACAGUUGGAAGAUGUAUAUUUUAUAGUUUGUUAAAAUAUUUUUAAUACCAAUCUAUCAAUAAAUCAUAGAUUUGAAAUAAAAGGUAGUACAAAAGGUCGUAAAGCUGAAAAAAAAAAUACUCCAAGACCUGAUUAAACUCUACCAAGAAAAGAUAAAGAUUGGAUUAAUUCAAAUAUUAAAAUCAGAGUAGAUUUGAAGCUAAAAUAAUAAAUCCUAGACCAAUUGUAAAGCGAUAGCUAAUUCCUUUCAGAUAAUAAAAUAUUCAAUUAUUGUGCUUUAAUUGGUGUUCAUAGCUUUGAAAAAUAUGAAGAUGCCAAUCAAUAUGAUUUGUAUAACUCAAAUUAUUCAUCAUAAAUGUAAACUAACUAAAACUAAAACGAGUAAAAUAAUUAAACAGCUUCGGAGUCAACCCUUAGUAAAAUAUAAUCAAUAGAUAGAAAAUAAGUUUUCUUUUUGGGGAUAAUAAACAUUUUUACAGAAUAUACUGCUUCAAAAAAAAUAAUUGCAGCAAUUAAAAAUUCAAUUUUAGGUGGAUAAUAAUCUACAGUCGAUCCACAAACAUAUUCAAACCGCUUUCUUAGCUUUUUCUAAUAAAACGUUUUAGAUUGA